AUGGCCGUCCAACCUUUGCUCCUGGAAGCUGUACCCCAAACCAUUUCUUUCAGUGUAAGGGGUUGUUUGUUGAUUCUUGACACACUUCUAAAAACAAAAUCAUGCCCCGACCUGUUGGAUAUCAUCAACAUGAAUGGUAUAUUUCCUUGCCUUUUUGCAACGAUAAUCUUCAAGGAUCUUGACCUUACAAGACCUGCAGCCCCAAGGAACCCUCCAAGACCCCAGUUUGAAACAUCUACAAAGGAGGUUUUAAGGAAAGCCGAUUUUAGGACUCUAGAACUGUUAGCCAGUAUAGAGUUCAGGGAUACAAUGACUAUGGUAACCUCAAAUGCCCCUUCUUCCAUGAUUAAAUUGGUGGUUAGAGACGCCCUUGCUUCAAAGACCUGA